UGAGUAGAUAUAUUUCUGAGAGUCACGCGGUCACACUGCACGCACCCGCGAUGCCGAAGAAAUAUACCGUGAGAAAUUUCUUCACCAGGCUGCGGCGGCUCCCAGCCAUAAAAGUAUAAAUAAUGCAACGGUCGCGCGCCAGCAGCACCAGCAGCGGGCGCCUGCAGGCGUCGCAACAGGUCCAGCCACUGGAUGCACCCAAAAUAAUUGUGAUACAUCCGGGGUCGCAGCAUUUGCGAAUUGGCCGGGCCUGUGACCUCAAUCCGCUGACUCUGCUCCAUGCGGUCGCCUACAAGCGCAAGCACCAGGAGGGCGACUGGCCCUACCACGACCCGAUGCUCCCAUCGCUGGACAACAUAAAUCCCGCCCAGCUGCAGGUCGAGUUCGAGGAGCAGCGGCUAAUCGCGUCGCGCAUACUUCAGAACUGUGUGAUCGACGACAAGCAGCGGCUGCGCGUGGCCACGCCGCCCCAGCAGCUGGCCCACUUCAAUCGGAAGAGCGUGGCCGAGAAGAUACCGCCGCCUGGGAAUCUCAGCGAGGAGCGGAACAGGCAGUGGCUGGACCGUGGCGCAUCGGUGCUGUUCGAUGAGCAGAUCCUGAGGCUAAGCACCUUCGAUGCCCGCGACUACGACAUCCACUUCCCCAUCCAGCGGGGAGAACUGAAUGUCCACAGGCAGAAAGGUGGCUCCCUGCAGUGUACGUUGCAGCACAUGGAGCGCAUUUGGUCGUACGCGCUGGAGGCACGCCUGAAGAUCCAUCUGCGUGAUCUUCGCAGCCACUCGGCCGUUCUGGUGGUCAACGAUGUGUACGUGCGGCGGCACUUGCGUGAGUUUAUGAGCCUGCUGCUGCAGCGUCUCGGCUUCCAGCGCUGCUUCCUGGUGCAGGACAGUGUCGCCUCCACCUAUGGGGCGGGCAUUGGCUUCGGCUGUGUGGUGGACAUUGGCGCCCAAAAGACAUCGAUUGCCUGCAUCGAGGAUGGCAUUUCCCAGCUGCCCUCCCGCGUCCGGCUGCAGUAUGGCGGCGGCGACAUCAACCAGGUGCUGCUCAUGCUGCUGCGCAAGUGCGGCUUCCCCUAUCGCGAGUGCAGCGUGCAGGACAGCUAUGUGGAUGCCCGGCUAAUGGACAAGCUGAAGGAGCGCUUCUGUCACCUCAAUGCCAAGGUGUGCGGUGCCCAGGAGAAGCAGUUCCACCUGCGGAAACAGAAUGGCCAGUGGCUGCGCUACACCCUGCAGGUGGGCGACGAGGCCAUAAUGGCCCCGCUCGCCUUCUUCCACACCGAACUGCUCAACAUCACGGGCAAGGCGAGGAAGGCCCUCACCCAGCAGCCGCCCCAGGAGCAGUACGACUGCGAGGACUGCUUCGAUGCCGAGUACCUGCGCGAGACGGGCCGGAAGAACGGAGCGCGUGGAGCGGAUGCCAUCGUUGCACCCCAUCUCAACCAGGCACGCCCCCUGCCACCGAUCACAGCCGAUGACGAGGAGUUGAAUGUGGUCGAUCAGGAUGAUCAGCCGAUGUCGAACGGCAUGGCCAUGGGGGGCACAGCAGCAGCACCAGCACCACCCUUUCCAAUGUAGCUCUUUGCCUCAGCGUUCCGCAGCGUCUAGUCAAGCAGCACACACGCACGACUCGCCGACACCACACCAUACUAGGGAUCCAAAACCAAAACAGAGACCAAUACUAGGGGGGGUAGAGCACAGGAGGCACGCUCUUGCCCAUUCAUUCCCCAUAAGCAUACCACACACACUGCACCGCAAACACACACACACACACACCAUAGGGAAUUAUUUGGCUUUUUGCAACAUCCGGACGAAAGGCUGGACAUCCGGAUGUCGUCCACACAGACACCUGUACACCUAACUGUACGUUUCCAUUAUGCAGUGUUUUAAAAUGUAAAAGUUAUUGCAAUUUUAGAUAUAUACGAGAUAUAUAUAUUAUAUACUUAGCCUGUAUGCAUCUGUCUGUGUACAUAUAUGUAUGUAUGUAUGUAUGUGUGUGUCCCUAAGGAUUAACAUUAGUAUGUAUACCAUUUUUUUUGUUCUGUCUGUUUCUGUUCGUUUGAUGGCACCACUGGAACCUGGAAACUUGGAUACGCAAUACGAGAUUUACCAAAAA